AUGACGUCACGGGCCUAGCUUGUUUUUUUUUUUUUUCUUUUAAUCAAAGGUUUUGAUAAGCUAGCGCCUGUUAGCAUCUCUCGGAGACGAGCUAGACUAUACACAUUAUAAUGGGGAUCGAAGACGAAGCUGACAGGACGCUUUUUAUCAGGAAUUUGGAUACGCGAGUGACUGAGGAGCUUUUAUUCGAGCUAUUCUUACAGGCAGGACCUCUCAUCAAAACCAAAAUUCCAAAAGACGGUGAUGGCAAACAGAAAACAUUUGGUUUCGCCGUAUACAAACACGAGGAGUCGGUGCCGUAUGCCAUGGAGCUCCUAGACGGGACGUCCCUGUUUGGUAGAAUGAUCCAUGUGCAAUUCCGAGCAGGCAGCAGCCACAGCAACAAUUCUGGGAACUCGAGUCCUACAAGUACUCAAAAUCCCCACAGAUUGAGGGUGCCACCGCAGUUCACAUCUCCUCCAUACACUCCGCCAGCUUCUAUGCAAAGGUCUUUUUCUUCCCCUGACAGUCUGCAGAAGCAUGCCAUGAUGAACAUGAUGUGUCAGCAACAGAUGUCUCAGCCGCCGCAAUUAGCCAACAGCUUUUCCAAGACGCAGAGGCGUCCGUCUGCAGGGGGCGCAGGCAGCUUCAGACAUAAUCGGCAGCAGCAACACAACAGGAACUAUCACCAGCAGAAUGCCUGGGGGGGCGGAGGCCGUCACCACAACGGCCAAGGUGGCAACAGGCACCACGACGACGACAGGAGCUUUAACCGUGGUUACCACGAUAGUAGUUGGAGACGAUACUGAUGUAAGGGAAAAGAGACUCUUUUGUUGACAAUAUCUGUAUGCUCAGGUUGUUUUGUAUAUGAACAAAAAUGAUUUGUAUCUUAACUCUUUUUUUUUUGGUUUACAUUUUUAAUGUUUUUAAAUUUGUAUUUAAUGUGACACAAACCUCACAGAUCACAUCUGGCCAAUGACAGAAAUGUGAUUCUUGUUUAAGUAGACGGGACAGGACUUGGCCUUUUGGCCUGUUUUUUGUAUUAUUUAACUCACAAUAUUAAUCAUGGUGCUCAGAGUAAUUGUACAAUGUUCAGGUAAUUUGCAAAAAACAAAAAAAGAAAAUCCACCAGCACCACUUCUGCAAUGUUGAGCUCACUAAAAAUGUUCCUCUAUUAUUUUUUUUUUAACCUUGAUUUUCUUAAGGCAAAUGAGUGAUGUUUUAAAACAAUCAUGAUUAUAAACAUUAUUUGGCUGAA